ACCGUCGUUGCUGUCAAUUUCCUCUCAAACAAAAAUCCCAUUCGUACCGAGCGAACGACGCUUGGAUUUGUUCCAAAGUUUUUGGCGAAGUUUUUUGCGCAAAUUUGUGACGAUCCGGUUGUGUUUAGUGAAAAUUUUAGGACAAUGAACGACGAGUAAGUCUGGUGGGCCGAAAAUGUACAUCAAAUCGAUCAUCAUCGACGGCUUCAAGUCGUACGGCAAGCGCACGGAGAUCCAUGGCUUCGAUCCGGAGUUUAACGCCAUCACCGGACUGAACGGAACCGGAAAGAGUAAUAUUCUGGACUCGAUCUGCUUCGUGCUGGGCAUUUCAAAUUUGGUUCACGUACGAGCAACGUCCCUCCAGGAACUGGUCUACAAAAGUGGCCAGGCGGGUGUGACGAAGGCCACGGUUACGCUAGUGUUCGACAACACCGACAAGGACCAGUGUCCGCUGGGGUACGAGAAAUGCAAUGAAAUUUCAAUCACGCGCCAAAUCGUCGUGGGCGGGAAGAACAAGUAUCUUAUCAAUGGCAAAACGGUCCAGAAUAAGAAAGUGCAGGAUUUGUUCUGCUCGGUGCAGCUCAACGUGAACAACCCGAACUUCUUGAUUAUGCAGGGACGUAUUACGAAGGUAUUGAAUAUGAAACCGCAGGAAAUUCUUUCCAUGAUUGAGGAAGCGGCUGGAACUAGCGUCUAUGAAGCCAAGCGAGAGCAUUCAAUUAAACUGAUCGAGAAGAAGGAUGCCAAGUUGAAUGAGCUUUACACGGUUUUACGGGAAGAAAUUGAACCUAAGCUGGAGAAGCUACGGAAAGAACGAGCCCACUAUAUCGAGUAUCAGAAGAUCUGUCGAGACAUUGAGUAUCUCACGAGGUUGUACAUCUCUCAUAAGUACCUUCAGCACGUGAAAUCUGUCGAGAAUUCCGAGAAGGCGAUUGCCGCUUUGAACGAUGUGAUUAGCGGACAUCGAAACAAGAUUGAGGCUCACAUUACGGAGAGCAAAGAGAUUGAGCAAAGUGCGAAAGCUUUACAGGAGCUGAUCGAUACGGAAGGAGGUGGCGCCUUGGCAGAAUUAGAAGCAGAACUGAGCGCCGAGAGUAAAAAGGAGGCUACGGCUUCGGCUGAGCGGGAUAGCACAAAGGAGAACAUUGGGGCUGAACAGAGAAAGCUCAAGAAUCUACAGAAGAGUAUUAGAGACGAUGAAAAUGCCUUACAAAAAAAGGAAGCGGAGAUGCAACGGACGGGUGAUAUGUUCCAAAGUUUAAAAGAUGCGGACGAAGCGGAUGCCAAGGCAUUUACUGAUGCUCAGAAGCGUUUCGAAGCGGUCAGUGCCGGUUUGUCUACCAAUGAAGACGGCGAAGCAGCCACUCUGCAGGAUCAACUCAUGUCAGCGAAACAGAAAGCUGCCGAGUCAGCCACAUCCAUCAAGCAAAGCGAGAUGGAAUUGAAGCAUUGUCAGCAGCUUCUGAAGGAGAAACAAGGUGACAUGAACUCCAGUGACGCGGCUUACCUCGAAGACAAGAAGAAGCUGACCAAGGCCGAAUCUCAAAUUCAAUCCAUUACGGCAGAACUGCAGAAGAUCGACUACGAAGAGGGAUCGAUUGAGCAGCUGCACGAGCGUAAGCAAGUAUUGUCCCAUGAAAUUCGUAACCUCAAAAGCGAACUCGACCGUAAGAACGCCUAUCGAUGGGAGUUCCAGUAUCGUGAUCCGGAGCCGAAUUUCGAUCGUUCGUCGGUUCACGGAAUGGUUGCCAAACUGGUAGCGGUUCGGGACAAAAAGUACGCUCUCAGUUUGGGCACGGCAGCCGGAGGAAGUCUGUACAGUGUGGUUGUCGACUCGGACACGGUCGGCAAGAAGCUGCUUCAGAAAGGUCAGUUGCAGAGCCGUACCACUAUGAUCCCGCUGAACAAAAUCACCAGCCGAAUGAUCGAUAACAAUACGGUUCGAGUGGCGGAUAAUCUCGUUGGAAAGGGUCGCGCUGUGACAGCUCUGUCUUGCAUCAACUACGAACGGCAAUUGGAACCAGCGAUGAAAUUCGUUUUCGGUCAUUCCUUCCUGGCCGAUGAUAUGAAUGUGGCCAAGCAGGUGACCUACCAUCCACAGAUUAUGUCCCGUUCGGUAACGCUGGAUGGUGACGUUGUGGACCCCAGUGGAACAUUGUCCGGUGGAGCCAAAGCUAAAGGAGCGGUUGUGCUGCUGGAGGUGGAAGAGAUCAAUCAGAUCCAGAAGCUGUUGGCGCAGAAGGAGGCCGAGUAUCAGCAAGUUUGUGCGGAGAUAAGCAAAUUGGAACGCAUUGCCCAUCGAUACAAUCAGCUGAAAGAGCAGCAGGAUAUGAUGAACUACGAGCUGAAGACCCUGCAACAGCGUUUGGCCCAGACCUCCUAUCAACAGGCGCAACAGGAAAUUGAAGAGCUGAAAACGAAGAUCGAAACGCUGAAGCAAACCAUGGUGGACGCCCGGCAGGCGCAAACCCAGGCAAACGCCAAAGUAAAGGAUCUAACGGCAAAAAUCGCAGACAGCAAAGGGCAUCGCGAGCGCGAACUGAAAGCCGCCGAAGACGAGCUGAAGCGAGCUAAAAAGAAGAGCGAAGAAAGUCGCAAGAAUUGGAAGAAACACGAACAAAGUUUCGAAACGCUUCGGUUGGAAAUUGAAGAGCUGCAGAAAGGUAUCGCAACUGCGAAAGAGCAAGCUGCCAAGUUAGAGGAAACGAUUGCAGAGCUACAGCGGAAAUUACAGGCGGCAAGUGAGAACAGCGCCGAAAUGAACAAAGCGGUGGCCGCCGUUAAGCAGAAAAUCAAGGAACACAAGGACAAGAUCAACAGUCAAAACAAGGAAUUGAAAGCAAAGUAUCAUCACAGGGAUAAACUGUUGAAGCAAAAUGAAGAAAUGGAGUUGGAUAUCAAGAAGAAGGAAAACGAAAUUCAGAAGGUUCGCAAUGAGAACAAAGAUGGGUACAAUAAAAUCAGCGCACUGGAAGAGAAGUAUCCCUGGAUCAGUGAGGACAAAGAAUUCUUUGGAGUUAAGAACACGCGCUACGAUUACAAUAAAGAAGACCCUCAGGAAGCUGGUCGGAAACUUAACAAACUACAGGACUCGAAAGAAAAGAUGAGCAGAAACAUAAACCAGAAGGCGAUGGUUCUGCUCGAACGGGAAGAGGAACAGUACAAGGAAGUAAUGCGACGUAAGCAAGUAGUUGAAGACGACAAGAAGAAGAUUCAGAAGAUCAUCACCGAUCUAGACGAAGAGAAAAAGAAACAGCUCAAAGUCGCAUGGACCGAAGUCAACGAAAACUUCGGAAGUAUUUUCAGCACGUUACUCCCGGGAACCCAAGCCCAGCUGAAACCACCAGAUGGAGUUGACUUCAUGAAAGGUCUCGAAGUAAAAGUUGGCUUCAACGGCAUGUGGAAGGAAUCUCUGACGGAACUUAGCGGUGGACAACGGUCUCUAGUUGCCUUAUCUCUCAUCUUGGCUAUGUUGAAGUACAAACCGGCCCCUCUCUACAUCCUGGACGAGGUGGAUGCCGCGUUGGAUCUUUCGCAUACGCAAAACAUCGGUAACAUGCUGAAAGCUCACUUCACCAACUCCCAGUUCGUAAUCGUGUCUCUCAAGGACGGUAUGUUCAACAAUGCUAACGUGCUGUUCCGAACCAAGUUCAUCGACGGAAUGUCCGGUGUGACGAGGACGGUCAAUGUUGCCCACGCCAAGGCGAAAGCUGCCGGACGGUGAUUGAGUUGCGAGGCGAGGCUUGAAAUAUUUGGCAAAACGAGGAGAGGUACAAAAUUUUUCGAUUUAAUUUUCGUGUUUGAGCAAAAUUUUCGAAUAGAAUUGUAAGACUACUGUUUGGACGUGUUGGAUCAAUGAAGAACUAAUAAAAGAACAUUCAUGAUAAUAACAAAA